AGCCGUCGCGGGCUGGGCCGGGCCGUCAUGGAGCGGGGCGGGACCUCCGCCGCCAUCCUGUGAGGGGCGCCGUCGCCAGGCCUCGAACCACCGCCGCCUCGCGCCCUCGGCCGCCGGUCGCAGCGCCGGACGACCCGAAUGCGCGUCCCGUGAAGGUGCAGGACACGCCGCCGCGGCCGGAGAUGGUUUGGGCCUAGCGGAGCCGGGACUGGAGCAACAUGAAUCUUGAAGACCGGAAUGUGCUGCGUAUGAAAGAAAGGGAAAGGCGGAAUCAGGAAAUUCAGCAGGGUGAAGACGCCUUCCCACCUAGCUCUCCUCUCUUUGCUGAGCCAUACAAAGUUACUAGCAAAGAAGAUAAGUUAUCAAGUCGUAUUCAGAGUAUGCUUGGAAAUUACGAAGAAAUGAAAGAUUUCAUAGGAGACAGAGCUAUACCAAAGCUUGUUGCAAUUCCCAAGUCUGCAAUACCAACAACAGAUGAUGAAAAAUCAAAGCCAAAUUUCUUUGAACAGAGACAUGGAAGCUCUCAUCAGAGUAGCAAAUGGACCCCUGUAGGACCUGCACCAGGCACUUCUCAGUCUCAGAAGCGAUCCUCAGGCUUACAGAGUGGACAUAGUAGCCAGAGGACCAGUGGAAGUAGUAGCAGUAGCACUAGCAGCACCGGCCAGAGGCAUGAUCGUGACUCAUAUGGCAGCAGCCGGAAAAAAGGCCAGCACGGAUCAGAACACUCCAAAUCACGAUCUUCUAGUCCUGGAAAGCCCCAGGCUGUUUCUUCAUUAAGCUCAAGUCAUUCCAGAUCUCAUGGGAAUGAUCACCAUGGCAAGGAACAUCAGCGUUCCAAAUCACCUCGAGACCCUGAUGCCAAUUGGGACUCUCCUUCCCGUGUACCUUUUUCAAGUGGGCAACACUCAAAUCAGUCUUUUCCACCUUCGUUGAUAUCAAAAUCUAGUUCAAUGUUACAGAAACCCACUGCCUAUGUGCGGCCCAUGGAUGGACAAGAGUCCAUGGAACCAAAACUAACCUCUGAGCAUUACAGCAGCCAGUCUCAUGGCAACAGCAUGACUGAGCUGAAGCCCAGCAGCAAAGCACAUCUCACUAAGUUGAAAAUACCUUCCCAGCCAUUGGAUGCAUCAGCUUCGGGUGAUGUGAGCUGUGUGGAUGAAAUUCUGAAAGAGAUGACGCACUCAUGGCCUCCCCCUCUAACGGCUAUUCAUACACCUUGCAAAACAGAACCUUCCAAAUUUCCUUUUCCAACUAAGGAGUCUCAGCAAUCCAGUUUUGGUCCUGGAGAACAAAAAAGAUACAAUCCUGCUAAAACUGCAAAUGGUCACCAGUCUAAAUCUAUGUUAAAAGAUGACUUAAAACUAAGCAGCAGUGAAGACAGUGAUGGGGAACAGGAUUGUGAUAAAACAGUGCCCAGAAGUACGCCAGGCAGCAACUCUGAACCUUCACAUCAUAAUAGCGAAGGAGCAGAUAAUUCCAGGGAUGAUUCUAGCAGCCAUAGUGGAUCUGAAAGCAGCUCUGGAUCUGACUCAGAAAGUGAAAGUAGUUCCAGUGACAGUGAAGCAAAUGAGCCAUCCCAGAGUGCCUCUCCUGAGCCUGAACCACCACCAACAAACAAAUGGCAACUUGAUAAUUGGUUAAAUAAAGUAAACCCACAUAAAGUUUCACCAGCUUCAUCUGUAGAUAGUAACAUUCCAUCUUCUCAAGGCUACAAAAAAGAAGGCCGUGAGCAGGUUACUGGGAAUAGCUACUCUGAUCCAGGUGGGCCUAAAGAAUCGAGUUCUACUACUCCUGGACGAGAUUCCAAAGCCAUCCAAAAGGGAUCAGAAAGUGGGCGUGGGAGGCAGAAGUCUCCUGCACAGAGUGAUAGCACAACACAAAGGAGAACUGUAGGCAAAAAGCAACCCAAAAAAGCUGAGAAGGCAGCUGCUGAAGAGCCUCGGGGAGGCCUGAAGAUAGAAAGUGAGACCCCUGUAGACAUGGCUACCAGUAUGCCUUCCAGUAGACACAAAGCAGCCACCAAAGGCUCAAGGAAACCCAAUAUAAAAAAGGAAUCUAAAUCUUCCCCUCGACCUACAGCAGAGAAAAAGAAAUACAAGUCAACAAGUAAGUCUUCCCAGAAAUCAAGGGAAAUCAUAGAAACAGAUACCUCGUCAUCAGAUUCAGAUGAAAGUGAAAGCCUUCCUCCUUCCUCACAAACUCCUAAGUACCCUGACAGCAACAGGACUCCUGUGAAACCCUCCUCUGUGGAGGAAGAAGAUAGCUUUUUCCGGCAACGAAUGUUCUCUCCUAUGGAAGAGAAGGAGCUCCUCUCACCCCUCAGUGAGCCUGAUGACAGGUAUCCACUUAUUGUGAAGAUUGACUUGAAUCUCCUGACCAGAAUACCAGGAAAGCCUUACAAAGAAACAGAACCACCUAAGGGGGAAAAGAAAAAUGUGCCAGAAAAGCACUCAAGAGAGGCUCAGAAGCAAGCCUCAGAAAAAAUUUCCAAUAAAGGAAAGAGGAAACAUAAGAAUGAAGAUGAUAAUCGUGCCAGUGAGAGCAAAAAACCCAAAACAGAGGACAAGAACUCAUCAGGCCACAAGCCAUCCAGCAACCGAGAGUCAUCUAAACAGAGUGCUGCAAAAGAAAAGGAAUUGUUACCUUCACCUGCUGCGCCUGUACCUUCAAAAGAUCCAAAAACAGAGCAUGGCUCUCGGAAGAGGACUAUUAGUCAAUCGUCUUCCCUAAAGUCAAGCAGUAAUAGCAACAAGGAAAAUAGUGGCAGCAGCAAAAACAGUUCCUCCACAUCAAAGCAGAAGAAGACUGAAGGAAAAACUUCCAGUAGCUCCAAAGAGGUUAAGGAAAAGGCUCCAAAUAGCUCCUCUAAUUGUCCUCCAUCAACAGCAGUUCCUGAUGCUUCUAAGCCUAGGAGAACAAAGCUCGCCUUUGACGACAGAAAUUACUCAGCAGACCAUUAUUUACAAGAAGCAAAAAAGCUAAAGCACAAUGCAGAUGCGUUGUCUGAUAGGUUUGAGAAAGCAGUAUACUACCUUGAUGCUGUGGUAUCUUUUAUCGAAUGUGGGAAUGCAUUAGAGAAGAAUGCUCAGGAAUCCAAAUCUCCAUUUCCUAUGUAUUCAGACACAGUGGAGCUCAUCAAAUACACCAUGAAGCUAAAGAAUUACUUGGCACCAGAUGCCACGGCUGCAGAUAAAAGACUCACAGUGCUUUGCCUGAGAUGCCAGUCUUUGCUGUACCUGAGGCUAUUCAAACUGAAGAAGGAAAAUGCUUUGAAGUACUCAAAGACUCUAACAGAGCACCUGAAGAAUUCUUACAAUAAUUCUCAAGCACCAUCCCCUGGCUUAGGAAGCAAAGCUGUUGGGAUGCCUUCUCCUGUGUCUCCAAAGCUGUCACCAGGCAAUUCAGGAAAUUAUUCUUCCGGGGGCAGUAGUUCAACAAGCGGUUCUUCAGUGACCAUUCCACAGAAAAUCCACCAGAUGGCAGCCAGUUAUGUUCAGGUUACAUCCAACUUUCUCUAUGCCACUGAAAUUUGGGACCAAGCUGAGCAGCUUGCCAAAGAGCAGAAAGAAUUCUUUGCUGAACUGGAUAAAGUAAUGGGCCCUCUCAUCUUUAAUGCAAGCAUCAUGACAGAUCUAGCUCGCUAUACCCGGCAGGGACUGCACUGGCUUCGCCAGGAUGCCAAGUUCCUCUCUAAAACACCUACUUGGAAACACUGCCUUUCAAAUUGAAGCCAAGAUUAUCCCCAUUGUUGAAUUUGUUGUUGCUGUUCAAGGAGUGUUGCCAUUUUACAGCUGUACAAACCCCCUGGCAGGUCACUGACAAGUGAGCCCUCAGCAGCACUGGGUUGGGAGUGGGGCUCACCAGUGGAGCUGGCCCAGCCUUCUGAGCCUGAAAGGGCAGGCGCCACUGCCAGGGCCAGGUGCGGCUUGGUAAGCACAGUUAGGAAAAUAUUGUAUCUAGCCUCUGUUCUGGGUGAUUUUAAGAAAUUUUGUAUAUGGAGGAUGGAAAUGCUUAUAUAUUUAUUGAAAAGCCUUUUAUGUUAUUUGAAAAUUAUUUGGUAAAUAAUUGUUUGAUAUUGGGAGGGUUUUGGAGGGGAGGUAAUACUGUUGAUAAAUUAUAAGCCUGUCGAUUGUGCAGAAAGGUACUGUUAGUGACAAAUAGGAUGCCUUUGUUUUGUACAUGAUCUUAAUCUUGUUUAUAUUUCUUUAAUCCAAAAUAUUUAGGCAUCUGACAUUUUCAACCAAAAUUUCAAUUAUAUACUGUGAUUUUUAUUUGUUGCAAUACAUUAAAAUUUCAGAGGUACUUUGGGGUUCAAAAGCUAGGAUUUCUAAGUCAGUACAGUAUGUGCAUUUCACAUAAUAAAGCUGUUAACGGUGAGCAAAGUAUUAUAUACUAACUAGAUUUUUCCACAUCUGUAUAGUAUAUUAUAUGUAUUUUGUGGUAUUGAAAUUAUAGAAAGUUUAGAGUGUCAAACGUGUUUAAUGUGUAUUUUUAAACAAAUUUAUGGCAAUUAAAAUAUUUGGAGACAAGGGUAUCACAUUUCAAUUUGUAAAAAUCUUUUUAACUCUACUGUGUCAUUAAGAUGCUUUGUAUAAUGCCAAACCAUAGCUGGAGAAACUAAGUUUAAUAAAUAUCAAAUAGAUUUUCUGUAUUAAAGUUUAUGAACACUGUGCUCUUUAUACUUCUUUUGCUCUAGACACUGUUCCCUUUUCAUACAACUUUUGGGUACAGUACUACUUACUCUUUCAAAAGUCUGGGGACUGGGGAUUUAGCUCAGCAGUAGAACACCUGCCUGGCAAGCUGGAAGCUCUCUGGGUUCGGUUCUUGGCAUCAAAACUAAAAUAAACUACACCUGAAAGUCUGGUCUCACUAGUACAGGUCUCAUUUUUCUAAUCAACAAAAAUUCUGAAUUUGCAGGUCAUGGGCCCUUGUGUGUAGGUUACAUUUGCCCUACUCCAGCAGGCAUCUCAAAUUUUUUUUUUUUUUUUUUUAAUCUUAUUUGGUACAGGGUCUCACUACACAGCUCAGAUG